GAAAGAAGAGAGCUUCUGCUUGAACUUCCUUUCUAACCUUAUCUAUUUGCGCAGUGGAAAGGGAAACACAAACAAUUUCAACCAACGUCAACCUUUCCUUUCAGCACUUCUGCAGAUUUUAAAAGAUCUAAAAUCUAUCUGCAACCCUCAAACCUAUCAAAUACGUCCAACAAAAUAUCUGCCACCACUGCAGUCCAUAAAAUGCCUCCUCCAUCAGCUCUCACUAUCCCGGCAGUCACCAAGCAUACUGCAACUAUCAUUAUGUCUCACGGCCUUGGCGACAGUGGUGCUGGAUGGGUUUCACUCGCAGAGAAUUGGCGUCGUCGUCAAAAGUUUCAAGAGGUUAAAUUCAUUUUUCCAAAUGCGCCAGCCAUCCCCAUCACAGUUGUAAGAUCUUAUCAUAACCAAAAAUAAUCUUCAAAUAGAAUACUGAUGCUAAUAAAUCUUUCAGAACUUUGGGAUGUCCAUGCCGGGGUGGUAUGAUAUUGUAAGUCCACGCAACGGUACCGUUCGUCUACUCAUCCAAAUAGUAUCUACUUUGUUAGGUACACAUAAAAAAUAUCGCUAACCUCAAGCACUAAAGACAACCUUCAGUGACCUCCAAGCCGAGCAAGAUGAAACCGGAAUCCGACGAUCCCAAGCGUACUUCCACUCACUCAUCAAAUCCGAAAUAGAAGAUAGCAAGAUCCCAUCCAAUCGCAUUGUCCUCGGCGGUUUCUCCCAAGGAGGCGCCAUGGCGAUAUUUUCCGGAAUUACAUGUCCAUCAAAACUCGGGGGGAUCUUUGGUUUGAGCUCUUAUUUGCUAUUACACAACAAACUCAAAGAAUUCUUGGGGGCAGAAGGAGGCGUCAACAAGGAGACCAAGAUUUGGAUGGCUCAUGGAGACAGCGAUCCUGUUGUUAGACCAGAAUGGGGUGUUAAGACCGCUGAGGUUCUCCGCGAGGAAGGCUUUGAAGUCCAAUUAAAUAUGUACCCGUAAGUCUAUCCUAGCGAGUUUUGUGGUUGAUGUUCCAUGUUAACAAUAAUAUAGUGGUCUGCAGCAUUCCGCCGAUGUUUUAGAGAUCGAGGACCUGGAAUACUAUCUCAACAGUAGAAUCCCGCCAAUCGGGGAUAAAAAGUGACUAGAUGAAGUCAAUCCUAGAACUCCAUACAGUAUAGCAGUGCUAUUGUGCUCCUUACUGGUAACACUCAUAGCGUGGCGCUGGAUGAAGAAAUGGGGAAAUGAAGGAACACAAAACAAACGAUCAAAUAAUCUGGGCAAGGAUUUUCAAAUCGGCAGCUUGGUAGGCAGCAAAUAUAACUGCCGGUCCGCCAUAAAUAUUUAGGUCAUUCAAAGGUGCUUGUUUUGUCUAAACAUAUUAUCUUUCUCUUUUCUCGACUACUGAAGGGACGUUCAAUGUUGAAAGUCUUCAGCCUCUAAAAAAAAAUCUUUAAUAAUUCCAGGAUAAAUUAGCGACUUUCCAAUACACGGAACAGAAGAUGAAUGCGGAUGUAGUUUGCGCAGCAGCU